AUUUACCAUUUAUGGUGAAUCACCAUUGUGAGGCCGAUGACAGUUCAUAUUGUCUGCAGACUGCAUAAAAAAACAUAGGACAAUAAUUUUGGUUAAUUGGCAAGUUUUUUUUUCCCCUUUGAAGAUCAAAGGGACCGCAAAAAACUGUCCCAACAUGCAGACGGGUGUUUCACGUGUCUAGUUCACGUGUCUAGCUAUCCAUCAGAUUCUAUGACCUGCAGUGUUGGAAAAAGUACUCAUUUACUUAAGUAAAAGUAUGUAAGUAUUACCAUUACUAUAAUUACCAAGUUAAAGCUAAAGUACAAAAUUAGCAGAAAAUCGGGGUGUGACAGAUAUAUAUGAAAUACAUUUAAGUGCAUCAUUGAAUACUUAUGAGUUGGUGCAUAAGCAGCCGAUUUUCUGGAAAGUAGUACUUUUUCCAAUACUGCAGGUCACAGAAUCUGAUGGGUCACCAAAAAUGGUGUAACACUCUCGACUUUUUACCGUUCUUGCUUAAAUGUUCAUUUACUUUGUCAAACUUCAUUGCAUGUCUCAGUCAAAAUGCUGGUCCAGGUGAAGUACAGCCAACAGCAGAAGUAUGUAAAGUUGGAUGAGGAUGAAGGACUGUUUGACUUUCUGCAAUUCCAUGAAAAAGUCAUGGAGAGAUUUGGCCUGCCACCUGAUGCAAAUGUUAUAUACAAGGAUGCAACAGGGACAGAAGUUGAUGCAGAAAUAUUCAGCGACCUCGUUGGACAAGGCAAUGUGGUCCUGACAGUUUUCUCAGAUCAGGAAUUCUCUGAUUUCUCCUUGUCUUCUGAGACGUCUGACUCAAGCUUCAGCUUAAGUGCAUCAACUAUAAUCCUAGAUGUUCCGAACAAGAGACAAAGAAUUGAGGAUACACGUGAUGCUGUGUCUGCUAAACAGUUGAUAGAAGCUGUGCUAAGAGGCAAGUCCGGAGGUGAAGAAGUACUACAGGAGUACCAAACAACAGAAACCCUAACAGAUGCUGCAAGAAGACAAAUGGUUAAUAUCCUGGUGGCUCACAUGAUUGACAAUCAUGGGUAUGUUUGUUUUUAUUUGUGCCAAAUAAAUGCAUGACCAUUGCAUAAAUGUACUAAUUUACUAAUUUAAUAUCUCCUCUCAGCCACUGCCCCACUAAAACAAUCAGAGAAGAUUAUGCACGUGGGAUAGUGAUGCUGUUCCCUUCCCUUAAGGAUCCAUACUCCAAGAAGGGCUAUGAACACUUCUAUGAUGCUGCAAGCAGCACAGGAUACAUUUCUUGGCGUCUGAAAACAGUCCAGAGGAAGAUUCGUCAAGGAUCUGCACAGCCACCAAAUAGCCCAAUUGACUUUUCUCCAGGAGGCCCAAAUUGCCAAAUGACUGUUAAUGUUGAAGGGCAGCUUGAUGGUGAUGCUUGCCAAGAGGCCAUGUCUUUGCUUAGCCAUACAGCAGACAAUCCCCUGGUUUUCCAGAAGAUGAGAGAGACCUUUCAGCAUCGUCAGAAGCUUGUUAAUGACCCAGGCAGAAGUGUUGAUAUACUCUCCAGCUUCCCAAGAUUUCUGGAUACAAAAGGAUUGGUGGACCAAGACUUCACUCUCCUAUUUGACGAAGACACAUCCUCCAGGCUUCUUCAGAAAUGGGAUUUGUUCUUCAAGCCAAAUGUCAUUAAAGAGGCUAAGCGGCUCACCUCAACACCAGAGUUGCGUCGCUUGGUGCAGUCAGCAGAAAGUCCCCCAGGAAGUGAUCUUGAUGAGGCAACAACCUACGACCAAGAAAUGGCCUCCCUGUUGUUGCUGUUACAUCUCCUUCCACCACCUCCAGGGGGACUGAAGUCUCCAAAAAUUAGUGCAUGUGAUGCAGUUGAAAGACUUGUUGUCUUUCAUAAGUCAUGCUGCAGUUUGGAGGAGCAUCUCCGCAACCAGCAGGGUCGGCAGCCGUACCUCCUCGCUGUUGGGCGUCAGAAGAGCAAGAUUGACAGCUUCUACAUCACCAUGGAUAAGCAUCUCAUCCCAUGCAAGGCAAACCGCUCCCUCGGGGCAUGUGAUGAACUUUUCCAAGCACAUUUUGUGUUUAAUUUGUCUUACGAUGUGGCACUUGUGAAUUUUUAUACAUUCACCCAGAGUCACCCAGAGUUAAAGACUUGA